CACAAACACACACACACGGUGCUGGAGAAAUUCAACAAAUGGAAGCAGCGUCUAUAGAGGGGAAUAAACAGUCGAUUUUUUGGACUGAGAAAGGCUAUUUAUUCCCCUCCACUGAUGCUGCCUGACUUGCUGCGUUCCUCCAGCAUUGUGCGGAUGUUGCACAUCAAAAUGCAACGGGUCUAGACAGAUACCAGGAGCAGAUUCCCGAUAGCUGGAAAGCCCACAGCAAGGAAUGACAGCCCUUGAGCACAAGGUGUGACAAUAAGAUUAAGGGAAAAUUAAACUCAAGUCAGGUGAGGGAGCCUUUUGGAAGAUUUUGCCCUCAUGUUGACUCCGAGGGUUUAUCUAGUUUCUUUAACCUUUAAACACUGCCUGUGCUUCCAAAUGCAUUUGCCUUGUUCUCUUUCAUUGCCUGGUUGAUCAUUUAUAGGAACUUUGACUUCAUUGCUUCCUCUGCUCAGUUGUUGUUACAGGAGACCCAUAAACAAGUCUCAUGCUGACCAGCAAACAGUGCUGACCAAUAUCAUAUUAACAAACUUUCAAAAGCAUUGUUCCCUGAACAAGAGGAGCAAGAUGGCAAAGGUCACAUUCUGUGCUGUGGGAUUGGUCCUGCUGUUACAAGUAUGCAAAGUUUUAGGCAAGGACUAUAAGAUAGUUUGUUACUACCCAAGCUGGGCCAAUAAUCGAGGCAACUGUGGGUUCUCACCAGAAGACAUUAACCCCAAGUUAUGCACACACCUUACCUACGCAUAUGCUGUUGUUGACAAGAACCAUCAACUAGUUCCUGGUGAAAAGGAGGAUGAAAAUCUUUAUGAGUCAUUUAAUAACCUUAAAAAACGAAACUCAAAUUUACAAACACUUCUGUCUGUGGGUGGCUGGAACUUCGGAACUGAAAUGUUCACUAUCAUGGCUGCCAGUAAAGAAACACGACAAAUCUUCAUUAAGUCUGCAAUUAAGCUUCUAAGAGAAAAAGGGUUUGAUGGUUUGGAUCUGCACUGGGAGUACCCAGGGUUUAACAGAAGCCCGCCCGAAGACAAACAACGAUUCUCUUUCUUGGUUCAGGAACUCCUGGAAGAGUUUCAGAAAGAAUCCAAUGAGACCAGCAAACCCCGAUUGUUACUAUCAGUUGUCGGAGCAUCUGGAAUAAGAAACAUUCAAGCCGGAUAUGAAAUAGAAAAGAUUUCAGAACACGCAGAUUUUAUCGGUGUGAUGACCUACGAGUUCCACGGCCCAUGGGAUUUCAAAACUGGACCCAAUAGUCCACUGUACAAGAGCUCUCAAGACAAAAAUGAUGACAGAUACUUUAAUGUGGAGUUUGCAGUGAACUACUGGAAAGAGCAGGGCGCUCCUGCAGAGAAGCUGUUGGUUGGAUUCCCGACGUAUGGACGUACAUUUACCCUCUGUUCCACCGACACCAGACCAGGCGCCUUGGCUUGUGGUCCUGGGUCACCAGGGAACUGCACCAGAUCAGAAGGAACUUUAGCAUACUUCGAGGUCUGCAGCUUUUUGAAAGGCGCCACCAAGGUCUGGCUUGAUGAACAGGAAGUUCCAUACGCAUACGGUGGUGAUGAGUGGGUUUCUUACGACAGCUUGAGGAGCUACGAGAAGAAAGUAGAAUGGUUGAAAAAUAAUAGCUUUGGAGGUGCGAUGGUUUGGACAAUCGAUCUGGAUGAUUACGAAGCCACACCACUGCCCACCUCCACACCACCAGAUUCACAGUCCACGUGCCCUAACCUAGAAUUUUGCGAAGGCAAAGAGAACGGUGACUAUGAAGUUGAGUGUGCGCCAGAGAGCUUCUAUCGGUGUACUGACAGUGACACACAGGUUAAGAACUGCCCCAGAGGAACUUCCUACAGCAGCAUUGGUGGCAAGUGUGUCUGGCCACCCAGGCUGUUUCCCGCAAUUCAUUUGGCAGCCAGCAGCUUUUGCGAGGGCAAACCUAAUGGUUCUUACGCAAUCCCUGUCCCCAUCUACUACAAAUGCAAGGCGGAACAAACACAAAUAAAGCACUGUUCCUCCAAUUUGCUCUAUGAUGCAGUCAGAAGAAAAUGCGUGAGUGCGAAUAUAUUCAGUGACUAUGAUGUGGAGUUCUGCAGUAACAGUGAAGAUGGUACCUAUCCUAUUCCUGGCAGACCUAGCAAAUACUACCACUGUUCCAAAAAGAAUACCAACAUCGGGAAUUGCCCUAAGGGAAGUGUCUACAAUGACCUCUGUAAAUGCUAACUCUACGUUUAUGUAGAAACAGCAAUAAAAAUCAAUUUAACAAACUGGGUGGCAAUAACAUUGUGCACGAACACAAAACAGAAUGGGUCUUGUGAUAUUUAGACAUACAGGUAGGGUCGCCGUUUCACACCUCCAGAGACCCAGGUUCGUUACUGAUCACUGGUGCUGUCUGUGUGUAGAGUUUGCACGUCCUUUCUGUCAUCGCACGUCUGGAUCUUCAAAAUCAGAAUUAUCAUCACCAACUGUGCAGAUUUUAAAA